AGGGAGUACAUGCAGAGGCAGUGAGUGAACUUUGUGUAGUGAAACCAAAAUCAGUUGGGAAGACUGGAAUCAAGUCUACCCUAUACAAGGCUUACACGGGUCCCCUUCCAGAUGCUGAUGUCUUGGCUUCUGGUGCAAAACUAAAUCGGAUAAAUCCCAAGCCUAUGCUGGCACACAUACUUGAGGGUAUGUCAAAAGUAGAGUUGGUCCCCUCACAAUUUGGUCCUGUACCUCUUGGCAGUCCACUGUCUUACAAAUGUCCCCCUAUAGCUGCAGGUGUUCCUGAUGUUAAUUUUCCCCCACUACCUGUGCUUGGUUAUGAGUUUAGCUGUAAUUUUAAAUUUGUGCCCACACACCAUCAAGCACUUCAUCUGGAGUCUAUAAAGGUUACCCAUAGCUCAGCUUGCCAGAUUGAUGAGGCCACAAGACUACAGUCAAAAUGCACUGCUUGGGGACAAAUUCGGAAAUCAAGGAUUACUGCGAGCAGGUUCCGGAAGGUUUGUCAUGUGGUUGGGGAUUCAGCUAGUCAGUCAUUGGCCACAAGAAUCAUUAAGGGCACAAGGCAGACAAGUGCUAUGAAACGUGGCCUUGAACUUGAGCCAGAUAUUUUGAAAAAAUAUUCUGAGACAGCAAGUGUUAGUGUCCUACCAUGUGGCUUUAUUAUAAACCCAGAAGUACCACAUCUGGGAGCUAGUCCAGACGGACAAGUCCACGAUCCAUCUGAAAAAUUCCAGUUUGGACUAGUGGAGGUAAAAAGUACCUCUGCUGACAAUAUUGCUCAGGUUCCGUUUGUGAAAAUUCAGAGAGGAAUAGCCAAACUUAAAGAGACCCAUAAGUACUACUGGCAGGUACAAGGUCAGGUUGCAGUUACUGGUCUUCAUUGGUGUGACUUUGUGACUGACACGAAAUCAGAUUGCACAAUACAGAGGAUCUGGCGAGAUGAUGCGUUCAUAGCAUCAAUGAAAGACAAGCUAGACAUGUACUAUUAUAACGUUUACAUGGGUGUCUAUCUGUCAGCGGUAUGAAUGGA